AUGAAGAACCCGCUCUCCAACAACCCCUUCGCCAUCAAGGAGGAUGCUGGCACUCCUGCGCCAAGGCAAAUAUACGGAUGGAGGAUAUACCUCGUCGCCAUCUCAGCGGCAUGGGCCUCAGCAAUGUAUGGAUAUGAUAGCGCCUUCAUUGGUGGCACUCUGGAGCUUCCCUCGUUCAAGGCAGCCUACGGUCUGACCGACGAAGCGUCUUCGACAUCGUUGGACUCCAACAUUGUGUCCACCUUCCAGGCUGGUGCCUUCUUCGGUGCCAUUGGCGGCUUCUUCAUUGCAGAAUCGCUUGGCCGCAAGAUGGUCAUCCUCACUUCUGGCGUAGUCUUUUCCAUCGGCGUCGUUCUGCAGAUGCUGGGAAUCCUUGGUGCGCUGUACGGCGGCCGCGUGCUGACCGGCCUGGGCGUGGGUGCUAGCUCGAUGAUCAUCCCCAUCUACAUCUCUGAAUGCGCACCGGCAGCCAUUCGAGGCAGACUGGUCGGCAUGUUCGAAAUCAUGCUGCAAAUAGCGCUGGUGUUUGGCUUCUGGGUCAACUAUGGCGUCCAGCAAAACAUCUCCCCGGACACUGACACUCAGUGGCGCAUACCCGUCGGUAUUCAGUUUGUGCCUGCCGGCUUGCUCUUGCUCUCGAUGCCGUGGGUUCCUGAGUCGCCGCGCUGGCUGGUGUCCAUGGGACGCUCAGAGAAGGCUCUCACUGCUCUGAGCUGGAUCAGAAACCUGCCGCAAGACCACGAAUAUGUUCUGUCAGAACUUGCCGAUUUUCAGACGGCCGUCAACCACGAGAUUGAGUCGGCAGGAGGCAAGAGAAACCUUCUACAGAUCUUCCGAGAGCUGGGCCAGCCUGGUGUCCGUAACCGCGCCAGCCUUGGUAUGAUAAUGAUGUUGUUCCAGAACCUUACCGGAAUCAAUGCCAUCAACUACUAUUCCCCAACAAUUCUCGAGUCAAUCGGCUACAGCGGAACAUCGGUCAACCUGCUGGCUACGGGAGUGUAUGGCAUCGUCAAGAUGGUCACCACCCUGAUCUUCAUGCUCUUCUGUGUCGAUCGCAUUGGAAGACGCCCUGCUCUACUCGUUGGUGCAGUGGGAGCUGGUGUUGCGAUGUUCUACCUGGCCGGAUACUCGAAAUUGUCCGGUUCCUUCACCUCCUCCUCCGUCCCCCGCGACGCAGGCGCCAACGCCGCCCUCGCCAUGAUCUACGUAUACGCCGUCUUCUACGGAUUCAGCUGGAAUGGCGUGCCCUGGUUGACAGCGUCUGAAAUAAUGCCUACGCGCGUGCGUACGGCGAGUAUGAUGUUGUCCGUAUGCACCCAAUGGCUGUCCCAAUUCGUCGUCGUGUACAGCUUGCCGUACAUGGUCGCGAACAUCACGUACGGCACCUUCCUGUUCUUCGGCGCUUGCACAGUAGCCGCUUUCAUCUUUGCCUACCUGUUCGUGCCGGAGACCAAGGGCGUGGCGCUCGAGGACAUGGAUCUCCUGUUCGGCGAGGGCGCACCCUUGUUGGCACACAACGCCCGCAAGCGCUACGAUACUGCACACGAAGCCGGAAUCACGGCCGUAGGUCUCGAGAGAGCAGAGGACAAGCAGGAGCGGGAGUUCGUCGAAGUGGCUUAA